AAACUGUCUGCACGUGAGCCAAAAAUCUAAACAAACUACAAUUUGCUCAUACAUAACUGAGGCAGAGAAAGAUAGGUGACUAGAAAUAUUAAAACAAACCAAAGCAAAACAACAACAAAAAAAGCAAAAGAGGAAAAGGGAAAAGAAAAUAUAUAUUUCUUCCCCCUACUAAGCUAGCUAAAAUAAAAUUUAAGGCAACUGAAAUAUGCAUCCAAUCUAUGUGAGACGAGAGCCCAGCAUCCCCACAUAUGGGCUCCGUCGGUCCAUCUUACUGAACACCAGGCUUCAGGACUGCUAUGUGGACGCUCGGGCUCUCGCCAGCCCCUGGGUGGCCAGAGUGUGUGCAGAGCAGAACAUCAGGUCCCCAGCACCAGGUACCACCUCUUCUUGGGAAGUCGUAAAGAAUCCGUUCAUUGCCAGUUCGGUCUCCCUGAUUAAGCUGGUGCUCAGGCGACAGCUGAAAGAUAAGUGUUGCCCAGGACCACGCAAGUUUGGAGAAGCAAAGCCCUCAAAGAGAUUAAAGCCUAAGGACAAUUCAGCAACGAAAGCCACGCAGCGGGGCAGGGUAAGAAACCCCAUCACUUCCAAGGGCAAAGGGCCGGUGGGGCAGCGCCCUGGUUCACCCUCACCGAGGCUCAGGAAACCCGCAGGAGGCAUCAGCAAGAGUAAAGAAAGUUCAAAGGAGAAAAAAGUAACUGUCCGCCAAGAUCUUGAGAGCAGAUAUGCUGAACAUGUGGCUGCCACCCAAGCACUACCCGGGGACACCGGGACAGCGGCCUGGAAGGGCCAAGCGUUGCUUCCUGAAACCAGAAAGAGACAGCAGUUGUCAGAGGACAAGCUAACCAUCCACGGCCUCCCCAUGGAGAGUUACAGGGCUCUGUACCACUCUGUGGUUGAGCCGAUGCUGUGGAAUCCUUCAGGGACCCCCAAAAGGUAUAGCUUGGAGCUGGGCAAGGCCAUCAAACAGAAGCUCUGGGAGGCUCUGCACAGUCAGGCUGCCACGCCCGAGGGUGCUCAGGACCCACUGCCUGGCAGGACGCAGCUGGAGGUCCACAAGGAGCCUGUGCCCAAGAAAUGGCCCAAGUUAAAGAGUGAGAAAUAGGAACAGGAGCUCACCAGCUUAGGAUAUUCUCUCCUAGAUGUCUGAAAAAUAAACACCACUUUGCACCUUCCACAUAAUCUCGGAGUGCUUUACAAAUUAGUAACUCCCUCCCUGGGAAAUAAGACCAAUGGAUAUGAGAUUCAUUUCAUACUGAUGGCUGUUUUCUACUCUCUCAUGAUGAGGUCAUUUUGAGGGCUAAAUGCUUAGGGUCUUUUCCCUACAAGCUCCCUUUCCUUAAUAGGGGUUUGAGGGUCUCUCAGUCGUUCAGGUAGGAAAAGGCCAGGCAGAGGAAGUCAACAGUUUAAAUCCAACCCAUGUUCCUUAUUUUGAAAAGUGGACCAUCACUGCCCUCACUCACUCCACAUAGGGCUGAGCAGAAAAACCAUGACCACCUCAAGGACAUAAUCUCACAGACUCUCCAUCAGAUGCUCCCUCAUGACACCACCCCAGGCCCCAACAACACAAACUCUAUGUAAAUGGGAGAGGAAAUCCUACAGAUGUUUACAUGAACAAGGAGGAAGUCAAAGGCAUUGCUUCACGCAAACUUCUCCCUGGUGGGAUCUAUAGAUCUUUACCACACAGAGCAAUGACAACAUGUAACGCAUACUUGAUAAAAUUGUAUUUUUUUUUUUUUUACAGUCAUUUGUACAAUUUGUUACAAAACCAUAGAAGACUACAACUUGUUUGAAAUCAUUUUUGGUCGGCAAAUAUGUAAAAUCUGUGUGCAAUUAUCAUGUAUUUACAGGGCCUCGUGUUAGUCAUUUUCAAUGAUUAUUCCAACAAUGUCACGCUCUCAACAUAAGACAUGGCUUAAGAUAAAUAUAUUAGUAAAUAAAUAUUCUGAGAACAUAUUUCCAUAAAUGAAAUGUGCUGCUAUACAUAUACAGAAUAUACAUAAGUUGUUUUCUAGCCUUUAAAACAUUAAAAAAAAUGGU